AUGCCGCUCAAGGGGCUUCUGGCGGGCAAGACCGCCAUCAUCACAGGUGGAACAACUGGCAUCGGACGGGCCAUCUGCCUCGGCUAUCUGCGCCAGGGAUGCAGCGUCGUGGUCAACCACCUCGGCCUGGACAAGGACCAGGCGCACCUGGAUUCGCUCAUUGCCGAAGCCAACGCCAUCUUGGCCGAGGAUCCUGCUGCCGGCCGCCUCGCUCACGAGGCCGGCGACGUGCGGGAGGUUGAGACCGCGGCCAAGCUGGUGGCCAGGGCCGUCGAGCACUCGGGCCCGGCGCGGCGCCUCGACAUCUGCGUGUCCAACGCCGGCGUGUGCACCUUUGCCGACUUCCUGACGCUGUCGCCGGAUCUGCUGGAGAAGACGUUCCGGACAAACGUGGACGGCGCCUUCUACGUGACGCAGGCGGCCGCCCGCCAGAUGGCGCUGCACCAGAGCCCGACGGGGGGCAGCAUCAUCGGCAUGUCGUCCAUCUCGGCGCUGUACGGCAUCCGCUGCAACGCGCUGCUGCCGGGCACCAUCCGGACGCAGCUCAACGAGGAGGACCUGGCCGACGACGCCAAGCGGAGCUACAUGGAGGGCCGGAUCCCGUUGGGGAGGACGGGCGAGCCUGGGGAUCUGGCGGGCCCGGCCAUCUUCUUGGCCUGCGAGGAGCUGAGCGGCUAUGUGACGGGCGCCCAGCUGCUGGUGGACGGCGGGCUGUUUGUCAACUUGCAGUAA